CCGGGCGGCUGAGCCCGGCGCUCCCCUCUCUCCUUUCGCCCUCCUCCUUGUUGUCCUCGCCUUCUCUUUCCCUUCACGCCCAGCAUGGCCUUCCCGGGCGCCGAGGGAGCGGCCGACGGGCCUGCCGGCCCUGCCCGGGAGGUGCCUGCGGCGGGCGCCGGCGGCUCGUCCUCUUCUUCCUCCGCCUCCUCCUGCUGCUCUACCUCAUCCUGGGUGGCCGGGGGCGGCCGGCUCUGGGCCGCUCUCUACGACUACGAGGCGAGCGGGGAGGACGAGCUGAGCCUGCGGCGAGGCCAGCUGGUGGAGGUGCUGUCGCAGGACGCCGCCGUGUCGGGGGAUGAGGGCUGGUGGACCGGCCAGGUGCAGAGGCGCCUCGGCAUCUUCCCCGCCAACUACGUGGCCCCCUGCUAUCCGCCGCGGCCGCCCGAGCUAGCCCGCCCGCGGCCCCGCCAGCCCCCGCCGCCGCCCGCGCCCCCGCCGCCGCCGCCGCCGCCUUCUCCGCCCGUCGCCCCGAGACCCGGUUCCCCAAUGCAGAUCGAGUUCGAGUGGCUGGAGUUGAAGGAGCUGAUCGGAGCCGGCGGCUUUGGGCAGGUUUACCGGGCCACCUGGGGCGGCCAAGAGGUGGCGGUGAAGGCGGCGCGACGGGACCCCGAGCAGGAUCCCGCGGCGGCCGCCGAGAGUGUGCUGCGGGAGGCGAAGCUCUUCUCCAUGCUGCGGCACCCCAACAUUAUCCAGCUGCUUGGCGUCUGCUUGCAGCAGCCCAACCUCUGCCUCGUCCUCGAGUUCGCCCGCGGGGGGGCCCUCAAUCGGGCUCUGGCCGCCGCCAACGCCGCCGCCCCCUCCUCGCCCCCGACCCCGGCGGCCGCCGCCGGGAACCCCAAGCCCUCAUGCGCCGCUUCGGGCCCGCGCCCAGCCCGCCGCAUCCCUCCGCACAUCCUGGUCAACUGGGCAGUGCAGAUCGCUCGCGGGAUGCUCUACCUGCACGAGGAGGCCGUCGUGCCCAUCUUGCACCGGGACCUUAAGUCCAGCAACAUUUUACUACUUGAGAAGAUAGAGCAUGAUGACAUCUGCAAUAAAACAUUGAAGAUUACAGAUUUUGGUCUGGCUAGGGAAUGGCAUAGAACAACCAAAAUGAGUGCAGCAGGUACAUAUGCAUGGAUGGCACCUGAAGUUAUCAAGUCAUCCUUAUUUUCUAAAGGAAGUGAUAUCUGGAGUUACGGAGUGUUGCUGUGGGAAUUGCUUACAGGAGAAGUUCCCUAUCGCGGCAUUGAUGGCCUUGCUGUGGCUUAUGGAGUAGCUGUCAAUAAGCUCACUUUACCAAUUCCGUCUACCUGUCCUGAGCCAUUUGCUAAGCUAAUGAAAGAAUGCUGGGAGCAAGAUCCACACAUUCGGCCGUCAUUUGCUUUAAUCCUUGAACAGCUGACUGCCAUUGAAGGUGCAGUUAUGACUGAAAUGCCUCAAGAGUCCUUCCAUUCUAUGCAAGAUGACUGGAAACUAGAAAUUCAGCAAAUGUUUGAUGAAUUGAGAACUAAGGAAAAGGAGCUGCGAUCCCGCGAAGAGGAGCUAACUAGAGCAGCUCUUCAGCAGAAGUCUCAGGAAGAAUUGUUAAAAAGGCGUGAGCAACAACUAGCUGAACGAGAAAUUGAUGUUUUAGAGCGAGAACUUAAUAUUUUGAUAUUCCAAUUAAAUCAAGAGAAGCCAAAUGUAAAAAAGAGGAAAGGAAAAUUUAAGAGAAGCCGUUUAAAACUGAAAGAUGGACAUCGGAUUAGUUUACCCUCAGAUUUCCAGCACAAAAUAACAGUUCAGGCUUCCCCAAAUUUGGACAAACGAAGAAGUUUAAACAGUAACAGUUCUAGCCCACCAAGUAGUCCAACAAUAAUUCCUCGCCUUCGAGCUAUACAGCUCACCUCAGAUGAAAGCAAUAGAACCUGGGGCAAAAGUACUGCUUCUCGUCAAGAAGAAUUUGAAGAUGUGAAGAGAAACUUCAAAAAGAAGGGUUGUACAUGGGGACCAAGUUCAAUUCAAACAAAAGAGCGUACUGACUGCAAAGAAAGAGUAAGACCCCUUUCAGAUGGCAGUAAUCCUUGGUCAACUAUCUUAAUGAAAAACCAGAAAACUGUGCCUUUAGCUUCAUUAUUUGUGGACCAACAAGGUAUCUCUCCAGAGCAGAAACUUUUCCCAGAUGGACUGGACAACAAAAGACCAAAGCAAAUGAAAGUGACGAAUCAGGCCUAUGUUGAUCUACCUCUUUGGAAAGAUGAUCAGGGAGAUAACACUGUAGAACCUGAAAGCUUUGAAGAGGGAACCUCUGCAAGUUCUGCAGCCAGCACUCCCCAAAUGACUCCCACAAAUAGUCUUAGCAGAAUACCCCCCAAAAAGAAAACUGAAUCUGCAUUAUAUGGGUGUGCUGCAUUAUUGGCUUCUGUAGCUUUGGGAUUGGAUAUUAGGGAACUAAAUAAGGCACAACCUCCUGAUGAAUUGUUGCCCAAAGAGGAUAAGAAGAAACGUGAUAAAAUAUUUCAGCGUGCUUCUAAAUUACGAAGAAGUUCCAGUCCUCCUACUAGAAUACAAUCUAAAAGAGAAGAUGUUAACAUCCCAUCAAUAAGCCCAUCAUCAAACACUGUGAACCUCCUGUCCAUGCCUUCCAUCUCCACAAAAUGUUUGCUACACUCAGACAGUGAAGACACAUUUGUGGGUACUUGUGAUAGAGACAGUCCCAUUAUAGGAGUUUCCCCUGUAAUUCAGGGAAGUAACUGUGAGCCCACUGCAAUUUCAGGACUUGUGACUGAUCACAGCUUGUCAAAGAAUGUGCCUUCCUUUCCUUUCACAAAGCAAGUAUCUGGAAAUGUGCCAAAUAAUGCUUCAUCAGAAAUGAGGGCAUCAUGUCACAGACGGACUGUAUCUGAUGGAAAUGCUUUUCAGACUUCAGUUACUUGCUCAACCAAUGGAGCCUCAGAGCUGCCAAUUCUUCAAGUUUCUGGAAUGCUUCACUUCCCAUCUGUUCAUCAGAGAAAUCAACCAAGUGAGGUCCUACUUGAAAAACAAAGUGCUGUCAGUAUCAUACCCAGACCUCGCCCUUCUUCUCUGAGAAGUCGAUUGAAUUCUCAGCAACUUCUUCCAGAAAGUGCAAAGCCUCCUACUACUGAGACUGACUCUUUAAAAGGUAAUCCAGGACCAACUGCUGACUGUCUACUUAGUACCAAGGAAAGAACUAAAUUCCAUGUGCCCUCACUAUUGGACAUUGAUGUGGAAGGUCAAAACAGGGAUUACACUGUGCCUCUAUGCAGAAUGAAGAGCAAAACAAAUCGGCCGUCUAUAUAUGAACUGGAGAAAGAAUUUCUAUCUUAAUUUUAAGUGCCUUAUGCUUUUAAAAACAUUGUUUUUAAUGAGAAUGACUUAAAAUCAUGCGUCUACCUUCUAAUGUUUCAUGCUGCUGUAUUUUCAAAAGCUGUGGCCAUGUUACCAAAACAGUAGUAGAUGUCUUAACUUUUGGGAAAAUAUAACUAUUAUUGUUAGCUUGCCUUUAUUGUCUUUUCACUGGAACCACACCUAGUAACUUGAAAUGCACAAAAGUGUAAACCUAGAAAUGCACAAUGAUGUAAAAGUUUUAUGCUGGAUAGAGUCUUUCUUGAUCAAUCUUAGCUUUUAGGAUUGUUUUCUUUUUCUCCCUCUUUAUUCCCAGUAACAAAAAGGAAGAAAGACAAACUUUAUAAAAAUUAUAAUGCUUUGAACCAUUUUCUCCCCUUUCUUCAAAAAAAGAAUAAAGUGAUAUAAAUUUUUAAUUGUGAAUGAUGUGAUGCAAAAACCCACUAGGAUAUCAAAAUCAAAAUCUCACCCUCUUGGGUGAGUCCCUCUAAUUUGAUCCCUUUUCAGCAACUUCCAGGUUUAGAGAUUGCCUAGAACAAUGAGACAUUAGGUGAUAAAGUGGAGUCACCCAAUCAAGAUGUAGCAGGGAUGCAAACCCAUAUAUUCUAGGCUUUGAAGUUGAUUGUCUCUUAAUUCCACAAUGCCUUGUUAAUGUUGACUAAUUUUGAAGAUGGGUGAAUGAAAUCAAUGUGAUAAACUACUUAAUCUUAACAUUGUGAUUGUCAAGCAGAUAAUGUAGUAACAUACCACUGUUUUGAGUAAAUCUUACUGAAUAUGCCUUAUAAAUGCUGACUCCAUUAGAAUUUAUGAAGAACCUAAUAUAUCUGAAUGAUGUCUGAAUGAGUAUCUUAUACCCACUAAAAAAAGCUUUUUCAGUUGGCUUUUCUCUUGAUGAGAGAGCAUUCUAAAAUUCUUUUAUAAAAUAAAAGUGACUAUUUUAUUUGGUAUCUGAAAACGCACAACUCUUAUUCUCUAGAACAAUUUUUAGUAAAAGUAAAUUGAAUAUAAAUGAAACUUUAUUUCAAAGGUAAAAAUUUUAGCAAGGCAAAAUUACCCAGCACCAUAAAUCAAAUAGAAUUCGUUAUUUAAAUGAACACAUUUCAAGAUCAGAGAUCAGCUCUUGAAAAUUAAUUAUUUUACAAAAUUAAUUGAUAUUUCAAGUACUCUUGAAUAUUUGUUUAAAAGACAAAAACAAAUAGAAAUUACUCAGGAAUGGGAAUAUAGAAUGUAUUCCUGAGUACAGUUAAGAAUUUCAUGGAUUAUUGAUUUGUUAAAAAUGAUAAUUCUAUUUGGAUGAUGGUGCUCUUGUUAUGUUGACUUCUUUCUACAAAAUCUAUUUUGUGAACUGUCACCUCUGUUUACUAUUAUCAAUUUGAAAGCACACUUAUUUUUUUAAUUGCCAUAAAUUUUUAAAAGUAAUAUUGUUUAAUUUUUUCUUUAAAUUUCUAUUCAAGUUAAGUAGGCACAUUUUACUAAGCUGAAAUUUUAGUGGUUGAAAAUUAAAAUUUCAGGUUUGAAGUGCAUAGUAAACAGUUUUUUUUUUUAAAAAAUACGGUAGCUUAAAUUAUAAAGCUAUAUCUUUUGAAUACAUUUUAUAAUGCUUUUGGUACUACAAACAGAAUAUAAAAGAAUGAUGAUAAUACUAUGUACAUUUUAUCCUGAGGAAACAAUCUCUAGGUUAACAGUGAAGUCUCAGGUACUUUAAUUCAUUAUUAUUUUAUUAAAUCAUUGUUCAUUGUAUACUUAAGUUUCAAUUUUUGGUAAUUUGUUGGAGUAUGAGUGCUAGAUUUUGGUUUUUAUGAAUACAUCAUACCAAUACUGUUGGCCACUUAGUUUUCAGCUAUUAGUGUAUGUAACAGACAAAAUUGCAGGAGAUGCCUAAAAUAAUGACUUUAUGCAAAAAACCACCACUUAAAUUACUUACCUAUAAUUUUAGUUCUACAAAAACAAUAUAUGUUUGCAUUGUACUCCCUUAUAAUGUUUCCUUUUCUAACCAUACAUCCUUUACACUCUUUAGUAGCUUCUCUAGGCCAGUUUUCCUUCUGAUGAACUGAGAUAUGAAAAUGUAUUAUAAAUAAAGGCAAUUAUCUAUCGAAGUAUGGAUUCAUGCCACUACAGGUAUUGAGUUAGGGAAGUGGGGGAGAUGAUCAAGAUCUGUUGUAAAUUUGUGAUUUUUUUUAAUGUGUUGCUGUCUGUAGCAUAAUAUAGUUGUAUUUAUUUUCAUGUAGAUUGAAUAGUCUUUAUUAGGAUAAAACAUAAAUUAAGGCGACCACUGUUAGUAAAUGAUAUAAGGUGCUUAUACUGCAGAAAUUUAAGGUUAUCUACUUGAUAUGCUGUUUUACAAAGCCUUAUGACUGAAAGAUGUUUACAUAUGUUGUAUUUUUUUAAAAAAUAAAAUUUUUUUUAAAUAGCCA